CACUGAAGGCAGCAUGGCUGCUGAUAGGAUGCUACCCUGGCAUCACCAGGUGUUUCAUUAUUGUGAGUUGCCGCCGCUGGGCUGCUGUCGGUACGUCUUCUGGCUUCAGGGGGAGGAUUACUGUUUGCUUUCAGCCGGACAUCGUUAUAGAGACAUUUAAUACCUUACCUUGAAACAUUUACCUCCAUGGCAGACGUCAUCGACUCAAAAAUGAGCAGUUUGAGGCUUUUUAAAGAAUCAUUUGACAGAAGCAGCUCAGAACCUGUAGAGGACACAGAUACCACCAGCUUUCUGGCAGAAUUUUCCCUGGAGGCCAAUUAUCCCGUGCAGGUGACCGAUUGUAAUGCAGAUGCUGUUACACUUCACCUGAGCUCCAUGCCCUCUGGAUUCCUGAGCCCCUCAGACAGAAUAAGACAGCCAGUUCAAGAUGUUGAAGAACACACUUGGCCAUCAUCUUCACCAGACUUUCCCAAAGAACUACAGUUACUCAAGAGCCACUGCGAAAGGUGCAGCUGCCCAGCACCUCCCCCCAAGAUAAGUGACCUCAUGAACGACAAGGAUCUCCUGGACUUAUUGCGGCUCAAGCUGGAUCCAAAUCACUGCACCAUCAAAAACUGGAAGAACUUUGCAAGUCGCUGGGGGAUGAGCUAUGAUGAACUGACCCUGCUGGAGCACCGGACCCAAGGCUCCCUGUCCCACAGCCCCACCCAGGAGUUCUUGCUGCGCUACAACCAGAAGACGGUCAACGAGCUCUCGGAACUCUGCCGCAUGUACCAGCGCAUCGAUGUGCUGCGACUGCUGCAGAGCUGGAUGGAGAAGGACUGGCCGUCACGCUGGCAACAUACUCAUUAACUCCAUGUAUGUUCGCCUUUGGUCAGGAAACUGUAAGGGAACAAUAAAGGCUUAUCUUUAGGUUUGAGCCCAAUGUCUCCACAAAGCUUUGGAUGGGUUACAAAGAAACUUGGAGAUGGCAUUCUAUUCCCCUCGGGAUGAAUUGUAAUUAAAUCGGUAAUCCUCCUUUUUUUCUGGAGCGCUAUCCGCAAUGACUCAUCAGUCUGAGCUGUACUUCUAAUUCUAACAUGCCAAUUUAAGAUGAUGAACAUAGUAAACAGUAUGCCUGCUGAACAUUGACAUGUUUGCAGGUUCAUCGUGUGCAUGUCAGUAUUCACAGAGUUGUCAGCAGUCUUAAUCGAUGUGAUUCACAGCUGACUGCAUAUUUCUGGAAAGUAAACAAGGGUAGAAGUCAGAGCGUUUCUUUUU